ACAAGCGCUACAACUAUAGCACUAGGAGCGCGCUCAGAGCUAGCUAGCCUGCGCUGGACCAUUCGCUGACGAUUCAAGCAUUGUAGAAUCUUCAGUCUCAUCCAGUGACAGGACCGUGGCAUUCACUUCAACCUUUGACCUUUCAUUCCUGAGCAUAUUCUGAUUCAAGAUGGUGCGAAUCACUGAAGAUAUGGUACGGAAGAGAUCAGAACACAACGAGAUGGAGAUAUCCACCCUUGAGGAAAUCUCCCUUCAUCAGCAAGAUAUAGAAAGGAUUGAGUUUCUUGACAAGUGGUGCAGACAUCUCAAGAUUCUUUACCUUCAAAGUAAUCUUAUUCCUAAAAUUGAGAACGUUGGGCGGCUGAAGAAACUAGAGUAUCUUAAUCUUGCUCUGAAUAAUGUGGAGAGGAUAGAGAAUCUAUCAGGAUGUGAAUCUCUGACGAAGCUUGACCUGACGGUGAACUUUGUUGGUGAGCUGACCAGUAUCGAGUGCCUCAGGGAUAGUUAUAGCCUCAGAGAGAUAUUCCUUACAGGUAAUCCAUGCACAGAAUAUGAAGGUUACAAGGAGUUUGUUAUUGGGACUCUACCACAGCUAAAGAGAUUAGAUGGGAAAGAAAUCGAGAAAUCUGAGCGAAUAUCAGCUCUACAAGAAGUGGAUGCAAUCAGACCUAAGAUUCUUGAACAACAGAAAGCAUAUCAACUUAGAAGGGAGAAAGAGAAAUCUGAAGCGGAGAAUCACAAGAAGGAAAAGGAAGAGAAGAAAGAAAGGAAGAAAGGUUUCGAUAAAACAUGGUACACAGAUAUCAAUGAAGAUGAUACACUCCGAGAGAAACCAAAGAGUAAAGAUGAGGAGGAGGAUGAAGAAGAAGAGUUUUGGAAUGAGAAGGUUGGUUUUACACCUGAAUCUCGAGUGGCUCUGAGUGAACAUGUACAGGAGAAGAAGAGACAAGAGGAAGAGGAAAGAAGUAAGAAGCAAGGUCCUAACCCACCAAAGAGAGUUGUAAGACUGACGACAGACGACGGGAACCCGCUUAAUGUCAAUGAAGCAAAAAUUGAUUUCUCUCUGACUGACAAUGAAGAAGAGACAUUCGAUUUAGAUGUUUCAUGUUUCAAGCACCUAGACACAUCACUCAUUGAUGUAGAUGUUCAACCUACGCAUGUUAAAGUAGUUCUCAAAGGAAAGGUUUUACAGUUAACCCUUACUGAAGAGGUGAUGCCUGAUGCUAGUGAAGCUAAAAGAUCCUUGACCACUGGUCAUCUCCUGGUCAAGAUGCCUAAGGUUAAGGAGUACAUCAGACCAAAGAAGAGCUCAUCAAAACCCAAACCAAGCACUACCAGCAAUAAAGACACAACCAAGACCUCAUCAGUAGAGCAGAAGCUUGAGACGUUAGAGGUUGAUCCUAGCAGUGGAAAACAUGUUGAUCUGAUGGUGACCAAUAGCAAUGGAAGACCAACUAAGGGACCAGUACAGGCUAGAUGUCAGACUGUGGAGGAAAGGAAAAACAGCGAGGACUUUAUAGACAAUCCAGAUGUACCGCCUUUAAUAUAGCAUUAAAGGCAUCGCCUUGCUUCAUUCUAUCUCUCACAAUUAUGUUCUAUCGGAUCCGGGCUAACUCGGACCCGGAGACAACUCGGCCCUGCUGCAAAAAAGGUUGUUUUUUGUCAUUUUACCUUUAACCCCUUCCCUAACCCUGACCCUAAACCUAACCCUUACCCUAACCCUAACCUUA